CUCCCCGCUCCUUGUCUUCUUCUCCCCCCUCCAACACCGCUGCGCUGCGCGUGUUUAUAGCACCAGUCCCCACCCCUCCCUUCUCCCCCCCCCUCUCUCUAUAUACGCGUUCGCCUCUUUCGGCGCGCAACAAGUGACGCGUCACUGCGCCGCGCCGCACCGCACCGCACAGGAGAGGGGAUCGCCGCUGCGCCGGAGAUGAGAUGAGAGGAGCCGUCUUCCUGGCGCUCCUGGCCGCCGCCGCCGCCGCCGUUGUCUUCGGCGGCGCCGCGGCGGCGGCGGGCGAGGGGCUGCCGACGGCGGCGGUGGAGGUGGACCCGUCGUGGCGGUUCCCGAGCCGGCGCCUGCGGGACGCGUACGUCGCGCUGCAGACGUGGAAGCAGCAGGCCAUCUUCUCCGACCCCAACAACCUCACCGCCAACUGGGCCGGCCCGGACGUCUGCAACUACACGGGCGUCUACUGCGCGCCGCUCCCCUCCACCUCCGGGCGCGGCCGCGGCGCGCUCGCCGUCGCCGGGGUCGACCUCAACCACGGCGACAUCGCGGGGUUCCUCCCGCCCGAGCUCGGCCUCCUCGCCGACCUCGCCCUGCUCCACCUCAACUCCAACCGCUUCUGCGGCGUGCUCCCGACCGCGCUCCGCCGCCUCCGCCUCCUCCACGAGCUCGACCUCAGCAACAACCGCUUCGUCGGCCCGUUCCCGGCCGUCGUGCUCGACCUCCCGGCGCUCCGCUUCCUCGACCUCCGCUUCAACGACUUCGAGGGCGCCGUGCCGGCCCGCCUCUUCGACCGCCCGCUCGACGCCAUCUUCCUCAACCACAACCGCCUCCGCUUCCAGCUCCCCGACAACAUCGGCAACUCGCCGGCGUCCGUCCUCGUCCUCGCGCACAACAGCUUCGGCGGGUGCCUACCGGCGAGCGUCGCCAACAUGUCCGGCACGCUCAACGAGAUCCUGCUCAUCAACAACGGCCUCACCUCCUGCUUCCCGCCGGAGAUCGGCCUGCUGCGGGAGCUCACCGUGCUCGACGUCAGCUUCAACCAGCUCGCCGGCCCGCUGCCGCCGGAGCUCGCGCUCAUGAGGAAGCUGGAGCAGCUGGACGUCGCGCACAACCUGCUCACCGGCGCCAUACCGUCGGGGAUAUGCGACCUGCCGCGCCUCAAGAACUUCACCUUCGCCUACAACUUCUUCACGGGCGAGCCGCCGGCGUGCGCGCGCGUCGUGCCGCGGGACAGCGACCGGAGCAACUGCCUGCCCGACCGCCCCGCGCAGCGGACGCCGCAGCAGUGCGCCGCGUUCUACGCCCGCCCACCUGUUAACUGCGCCGCGUUCCACUGCAAGCCGUUCGUCCCGCCCAUGCCGCCGCCGCGGCUCCCAUCACCUCCCCCGCCGAUGCUCCCAUCGCCACCGCCGCCUCGGCUUCCAUCACCUCCCCCACCGAUGCUCCCACCACCGCCGCCACCGCAGCUGCCGCCCCCGCCUAUGCUCCCACCACCGCCACCGCCUUUGCCACCUCCACCAUCACCACCUCCGCCACUUCCGCCAUCACCACCUCCGCCGUCGCCACCGCUGCCCUCGCCACCGCCACCUCCACUGUUGCCGUCACCACCACCACCAUCACCGCUGCCCUCACCACCGCCACCUCCACUGCUGCCGUCACCACCACCACCAUCACCACGGCCGCGUUCCCCACCUCCACCAUCCUCGCCCCCUCCGGCACCAGUCUACCACCCACCACCACAGUGCCCGCCAUGCCCCGUUCUGCCACCACCGCUGCCCUGCACUCCAACGCAUCCAUGGCCACCGCCACCACCAUUUUACCCCGGUCCAUUGCCACCCACAUACCCUGUCCGAUAUGCAUCACCUCCUCCCCCACAGCAGCACCAUCCAUGGCCAUCAGUAUACCCAUAUCAAUAUGGAUCGCCGCCACCCCCUCCGCUGCAUUGAUAGAAAGAAUCUCAAACGCAAGGAAGGAUAGUUGGUUUUGCUCUUGUCCCUCUGGCAAUGGCUAGUAGUUGCCAGAUUCAGCAUGUGUCGGUCCAGCCAUUGGUGCUGAAAGGGAUUGGAUUGAAGGUGAUGGAUUUAGGCUUGGGAUUGGUGGUUAAUUGGCUGUGAAUAAGAAGAGUUUGAGAGGGACAGAGGAGGAUUGUAGGUGCAGGGAUAUAUCAUAUAUCUGGUUGUAUAGAGAAGUUUCAGUUCUGUUAAGUUCAGUCAGACAAAAGUUUAGAACAACAAAAUUCCAGUAUCAUUUGUUCCUUUUUGUAUCACAAAUAUUGUCAGUUAUUUAUUCUUAUAUUUUUUAGUUCUUUUUUUAGCAUUAUCAUUAUCAUUCUUAUUUAUCGUUUUCUGGGUUCUGUUUAUUCUCUGCAACCUUUGGCUUGUUAUUAUUUUUAAAUCAUCUUUGUUUUUUCUUUCCUCUCCUAGUCUCCUUGUUGUGUUCUGUUACUUUCUGCAAUCGAGGCAUACAAAAUCAGAAACAUGUCUUGGAUAAAACUUUUCAUUUUCCAUUCCACUUGUUCCUGGCUUGCUCGUAUUAACCUGUAUAAUUUGGGGAUGAUCUGGUUUUGUGUUUGCUCCGUGGUUUGAUUGGCAUUGAGAACGAUUAGUGCUAGUUUAUAUGAUUGUGAUAGGGACUGUAAGAGCUUAGAUUAUGUUAAUCUGCACUUGGCUUGGUUUGUGUCCCAUUCUUUGAGCUGCUUCAGCUUCAAGUGGAUGAAAGAAAUUGCACUCUCUGUAGCAGGAUUCUGAACUUUUUAACUCACACUAGCAGAUUUUUGAACUAGUAUGUACACAUCGAAAUGACAUGUUGUUUUUCAAUUUUGUACAUGGAAGAGAAUCUAUCAAAGGCGCAACAAAAAUAUGCAAAGAGCGGUGCAACUUUCUUCAGGAUUUGGUGUCUUUGUCUCGUUAAGGUAUGGCCGAGGUGCUGAUAUCCUGGCUUUCCUGCCAUGUGCGUGCUUGCUUUCUCCUGAAGUAUCUUGGUCAGAACUCAGCAAUACAUUUUUUCCCCCUUCACCCCAAGAACAACACUUGUGAUCUCGUAGAUAAUGAUAAUUAUUAUUCGAGAAGCAAUAUAUUUUUGCC